AGGUGCUUGAGGCCGCGGAGGUCGUUGGUGUCUGUUGAACGGCUUGUGGAAGUCGUGCUGUCUUGGGUAGGGGUUAAAAUCGUUCUCGAGAGGAACGUCUCUGUCCGAAGAGAACAUGAGUUUAGCUCUGAGAAAUGAGCUUGUAGUAGACAAAACAAAGAGGAAAAAAAGAAGAGAACUCUCUGAAGAACAGAAACAAGAAAUUAAAGAUGCUUUUGAACUUUUUGACACAGACAAAGAUGAAGCAAUAGAUUAUCAUGAAUUAAAGGUGGCAAUGAGAGCCUUGGGGUUUGAUGUAAAAAAAGCUGAUGUACUGAAGAUUCUUAAAGAUUAUGACAGAGAAGCCACAGGGAAAAUCACCUUUGAAGAUUUUAAUGAAGUUGUGACAGACUGGAUAUUGGAAAGAGAUCCACGUGAAGAAAUAUUGAAGGCAUUUAAACUAUUUGAUGAUGAUGAUUCAGGUAAAAUAAGCCUGAGGAAUUUGCGACGUGUUGCCAGAGAAUUGGGUGAAAACAUGAGUGAUGAAGAACUUCGGGCUAUGAUAGAAGAAUUUGAUAAAGAUGGUGAUGGAGAAAUAAAUCAAGAGGAAUUCAUUGCUAUUAUGACUGGUGACAUUUAAAGAAUUACAAGGAUAAACACUAAGAAUGUUGCAGUUACCAUCUUAUAUUCUAUUUUUGUGCCUGAAGCCGUGUUUAAAACAAAAAACAACUUAGUUCUUUUUUCCAAAAGGACCAAAAAUAAGCAUCUUAUGUAUUCAUAUUUUACUACUGUUAAGUUUCUUUAUAUGAACAGUAUUGUUAGUACUCUAAUAGUUUAGCUUUGUAUUUAUAAUAUAGCUUUUAUAUAUAAAGUUUAAAAAAUUGAAUCAUGUGGUACACAUUUUUUGAAGGUUUUUUAUUUAGCAUUAGUAGUCACUUUUGGUGCACAUGUUUUUCAGACUUUCCUUAAUAAAAUGUUUAUUUUUUAGUAUUUCAAAAUUUGGUAACUUUUCUGUUUAUUUUGAUUCCAAAUGUCUGCUAACCCUCAAGAGUAUCUUUCUUAAAUCUUUUCUCUAUACACGGUUGGUUUCAGAAACGAAAAUUGAAAUAUAAAUUGCAAUAGAAGAGUACAUUUUUCCAUUACAAGUUUGACAUUUGAUGUUUCAGUACAAAAUGAUGACUCCGUAUAGGCAUAAUUCCUUUUUCAUGAGUCAUGUCUUUCAGUUUGGAGGGAAACAGUAUUGUGCAUAUAGACUCAUUUAUCCUCAUGUAUUCAAUAUUAUGUUCUGUAACACUUUUGGUGUCUUAAGUUAUGACAGUUAAAUCUGGAUAUUUCUUUCUUAAACUAAUUGAAUAUAGUUUGAAUCAUCUAACUUCUUGACAAAGUGAAAGAUUUAAAUUUUGGAAUUUUGAUCUGUUAAGAUAAUUAUCACUCAAUUAAACGUCACAGUGAUGAAAAUAGGAAACUGUAAGCCACAGAAAUCAUUUAAGGCUCUGUUUUAGCUGUAUAAAGGAACGUUCUGUGAUUCACCAGGUAACAGUGGAGACAGAUUUUCCAGAUAUUGGUGGGUUCUUCUUCCUUGUAGAAGUGUAUGUUAGGGGGAAACACGUGGUUAGGGGAGAUAGGUCAUAGUAAUAAUUUGAGGCACUUUAAAUGUUGUGAGCCUCCUAGAAUAUUACAGAAAGAGUUAUCCACUAGAAAUUUAACAAAAAAAUCAGUAGAGAAUAAUGUAACAGUGGUGAUAUUUCAAAUAGUUAUCUAGAAAGCAAGUUAAUUGUUCACCAUAUUAAAAUUCAGUUUUGAAAAUGAAAUCAGUGUUCACAGUAAUACCAAUAUCCAGGGCAACAAAUAGACUGUGAAAUUUAAAAAAUUGUAUCAUGUUUACUGAUGAAUUUGCCUUCUAUAUCUCAAUCACAAAAUAUGUUGAUUUCCAGGAAAUUGAAGAAUAAAGAAAAUGAAGAAUAAAACACAAACAUGUAUCUAGGCUUGCUAGUCUUCUACCACUUUAUUGGAAUAAGUAACCUAAGGUACUUUUUUGUCACUUACAGAGAUAACUUCUUUAUUCUUAAUAUAAAUGGUUACUCCUUG